UUACCACCCCACCUCCAAACACCUCAGCCCCACCACUUCUCUCUAGGGUUAGUCAAUGACAACAUUGAGACACCAUUUCAAAACCAAGCAUAUCCAGAUUGGAAUUUGAUCAACACUACUCAAGAGAGCAAUGAAGUCCCCAAAGUUGCUGAUUUCUUGGGAGUCAGCAAAUCAGAUAGCCACUCGGAGCUCGUUUCCUACAACGAAAUCCAGUCGACCGAUUCCGACUUCCUGUUCUCGAGCAAUAGCUUGGUGUCGGUGCAGCACACGCUGGCGGCUGCUGAGGCCGCUACCAGCUACGACAAUCUGCAAGAAAAUGCAUGUAACAUGCAGCAAUUGACACUCUCAAUGGGCAGCGGCAAGGGUUCCACCAGUGAGACUAGUGCUAGUGGCACAGCAAGUGCAGACAAUAGUAAUAGUACUAGUAUUGUUGAGCCUGCCCCUAGGAGGACAUUGGACACUUUUGGCCAAAGAACAUCCAUAUACAGAGGCGUCACUAGGCAUAGGUGGACGGGCAGGUACGAAGCUCAUCUAUGGGAUAACAGUUGCAGAAGGGAAGGCCAAUCAAGGAAAGGCCGUCAAGUGUAUUUAGGUGGAUAUGAUAAAGAGGAAAAAGCUGCUAGGGCGUAUGAUCUUGCUGCACUGAAGUACUGGGGAACUUCUACCACUACCAAUUUCCCAAUCAGCAACUAUGAGAAGGAACUUGAGGAGAUGAAACAUAUGACAAGGCAAGAAUUUGUGGCCUCUAUAAGAAGGAAGAGUAGUGGGUUUUCCAGGGGAGCUUCAAUGUACCGUGGUGUAACAAGGCAUCAUCAGCAUGGAAGGUGGCAAGCAAGAAAUCUGCAAAUAUAUAUAUAUAUAUAUAUAUAUACUCUUCUUCCUCUUGAUCCAGGCACUGAGGAGGAAGCUGCGGAAGCCUACGACAUCGCGGCGAUCAAAUUCAGAGGCCUAAACGCUGUCACAAACUUCGACAUGAGCCGCUACGACGUGAAGGCGAUACUAGAGAGCAACACUCUCCCUAUCGGCGGCGGAGCCGCCAAACGUCUAAAGGAGGCACAGGCAAUCGAGUCAUCAAGAAAACGCGAAGAAAUGAUCUCUCUUGGCUCCACCUUCCAGUACGGCGGGUCGUCAUCGCCGUUGCUCUCCUUACAGAACCAGGAUCUCUCCCACUACAGUACUACUCAGGAUUCCUCGCAUUAUCAGAGCUACAUUCAGACACAGCUGCAGCUGCAUCAACAGCAGCCGUGUUCUUACAACGUGAACCCUAAUCAUUCCAGCUCCAGCUCGAGCCAGUUCUACGGGAGCUAUAAUCCGGUGCUGCUGCAUGGGUUGAUGAACAUGGGGUCUUCAUCUUCUGUGAUGGAUAACAAUGGGAGCUCAAGUGGGAGUUACAGCGGAGGGUUUCUUGGGAACGGGCUGGCGAUGGGGUCGGGAUCGGGAUCAGGUUCGGGUUCAGGUGGAGGUGGUUCGGCUGAGGAACUGGCGCUGGUGAAAGUGGAUUAUGAUCAUAUUCCUUCGGCUGCAGCUGCUUACGGCGGGUGGUCGGGAGAGACGACGGUGCAGGGAUCAAAUCCUGGUGUUUUUAGCAUGUGGAAUGAUUGAUCGGACAAUGAUCAAUCAUGUGAUGGCGAUUAAGGAUGAGGAUGAAGAUGGUUGGAUUAUUACUAAUUAUUAUUAUGAUUAUUAAUUUCUAUGUUUUUUGAUGAUUUUGUUAAUUUGUGGGAUGAAAUUAAAGGUGCGUGGGUGGGAAGAGCCGAAUUUUACUUGGCAUGUUGAGCAAUUUUCAAUGCGAUUACCUAAAGAAAAUGUUCCGGCUAUAUAUAUACA